AUGCGGCUAAAGGAAGAGAUUACAAAAAGAACUACUAUUAUUUUACGGGAAAUUGGACAAGAACAUAAAGAGGUUUGUAGAAAAUAAUUAGAUAUUUUUGAAAAUAAUUAAGACAUUGUUUAGGAGGUUGAAAAGAUGUUGAAUGGUGGUCCAAAAUAUUUAGAUUUGAAAUAUGGAUUGAAUGAUAGCUGGUAUGUAACAUAUGAUACAGAAGAGCACACUCAAGCAGCUUAUGUGCAUUUACAAAAUAUUGAAAUAAUGUUCAAUAAUCGACCAAUUUGUGCGCGAAUAAAAGCAGGAGGUCCACCAGCAAAUAUUGAUCAACAAAUGCAACAACCAACAAUUCCUGAACCAUCUGAUUUUCCACCAAUGAUGGAUCUUGGACAAAUACUUGCUGCAUAUGGAUUUGUACCCGUUGCAACUUAUCGACCAGGGAGUACUGUAGUUCAUGUUGAAGAAGAAACUGAGAGAACUCCUACUGUUUCAAGGCAACCGUUUAGAUUUUCGAAUGGAGCUGCGAGAAAUAAUGGAACGAAAAAACAAAAUGGGCAUAAUCAUCAUAAUAAUAAACAAAAUCAGAGAUAUUAUGAUGAAGGAGGAUCGACAUCUUCAGCAUCUUCGGGAGUAGUAUACGGGGCACGUUUUUGUCUUUUUUUCUCUAACCGUCUGCCUAUCCCUAUGUCUCUCUCACCGUCUCAUACUCUCUCACUCUGAUAACUGAUCACAGAUCAUCUACACAGUCUGAAUCUCUCUUUUCACCUUAGUCUCUAAUACCAGCUGGGUGGAGCAGCUGUUGUCGCCAAGGUGUACCUUUUCCAACAAGAACCUCUAAUUUUCAUAUACUCUCACACUAUGAUGCCAGGUGUUUGGAGCAAUUGUUAUCUCCAAGGUGUAAUCACCGAGAACCUCUCACCCCCACACACUAUCUCACCUAUCUAA